CUUAUUAAAUAGUUGAAAUGAGUUUUUGGCUUAAAACCUCUUCGAGGUGUAUAACUUGUCGUAAACACUUGACUACCACCUCAAUGAAAGUUUUCAAUCGUGAUGCGAAAAGACGGCACAGAGACUUGAUGGCUGCCAGCGAAUCUAUCGAGACUUACGAAUACCUAAGAGUGGAAAUGGCAGAAAGACUCAGUGAUCGACUUGCGGAUAUAACAAGGCAGUUCAGCAGAUAAGCCCUUGAUCUUGGAUGCGGGAGAGGUUACUUGUCAUCAAUCGUAGAUGGAGAUGACAUUAAAGAAUUAUACCAAUGUGAGCUGUCCAGUCAGCUUCUGAAUAGAGUACUGCCGUCCAAAAUCUCAAACACAAAAUCAUUUCAUAUGGAUGAAGAAAAAAUUGAAUUUGAGAAGGACUUCUUCGAUUUAGUAAUGACCUGUGGCAGCCUGCACUGGGUGAACGAUCUUCCCGGAUUGAUGCACCGCGUGAUUAGAAGCCUAGUGCCAGAUGGAGUGUUUCUGGGUUCGCUCUUAGGUGGAGACACUCUUUUUGAAUUGAGGACAGCUCUUCAGUUGGCGGAACAGGAAGUUGAGAAUGGAUUUGGACCCCACGUGUCGCCCAUGGUUAAUAUGCCUGACAUGGGAAGAUUGUUGCACAGUGCUGGAUUCAAGAUGAUCACGAUAGACGUAGAUGAGAUCUGUGUGAGGUAUCCGGACAUGCACUCCCUAAUGGUGGAUCUGGGCAGGAUGGGGGAGGGCAACUGUGCCUGGAACAGGAAGCCCAGUCUGAGAAGGGACACUAUGAAAGUGGCAGCUGAAAAAUACAAGGAAAUGUACGGAACCGAAGACAGCAUCCCAGCUACAUUUCAAACAAUAAAUUUCAUUGGCUGGAAGCCCCACCCCUCCCAGCCCAAAGCGAAGCCAAGGGGAUCCGCUGAAGUCAGUUUCAUGGAUCAUUUCAAUCAACAGUCGAAUUCUAAUAAGGAUGGUGAUAGAAAUUAGAGUUAUUUCAAUGGUUUUUUGCUACGUUGUAAAGAUUGUGAAAAACGAAAUACUGAAUUUAAU